AUAGACGCAUUAUUUAUACCGCUUCAAUUUCAGAAUUCACUAUAAGUAUAAGAUGACAGUUAUACAUAGAUAACCUUCUGUUCUAACAAUAAUAUGCAGAUUAUACGACAUGGAUAAAAUGCAUAUACAUAUAUUUGGAGAACGAUAUAAUAUGUUAAUAUUUAGAUGACUAUCUCUAUAUUAUUAAAUCCGUCAGAAAGGAAAAACCAAUUAAAGUCAGAUUAAUACGGAUUAUUUAUAACACGCAGAGAGGAAACAAUGAAAAAGACAAUCGUACUAACCACGAAAACGUUCUUGAUAACAUGCCGUUCAUAAAAGAAUACAUAACCUCAAUGCAACAGGGAAAUAAAUUAUAUAAACGCGCAAGACGAGACGAGGGAACGAUUUAACAAGAACAAUGCAUUGUAUACUUGUAACAGUUCAAAUUAGACGUAUUUGAUGACGUUAGAAAAUUGCGUGGAUGACACGAAGAAAAACCGAGUACCGACAGGAAUGGAAAAUUACUGAUAACGCGGCUACUUAACUCUGCUAAUCUUAUCGACACAGAUCUACUGGACAAGAAUUGAAUUAAUGCUUUACCUUUCUAUCAUCUACUUGCAGCAUUGUUAUUAACCACCAGGAUUCACUAAGAGUUCCUUCCUAACGUACGACUUUUAUAAUGAGGCAAAGGUUACAAAAAGAUAAGGUGUCUGCUUUGGAUCCAAGCCACCGUGUUUGGAUUUUGCAUGUCUGUACAUACAAUGUCUAUAUGUGGCAGUUGUACUCAAUCUACGGAUCCUCUGUAUGUAGUUCCUUAGAUACAUAAUACGCGCACGUGCGUACAUAUAUGUAUUUGUGUAUUGUGUAACAAAUUAUGAAGCAUUUGACAAAAAUAUGAUCACGAUCAUGCAUUUGUGUAACCACGCGCAGACAGAAUAUUGAAUCCUAUCGGACGGAAAUGAUAAUAUUUUUUUUGUACUCGAUUUGUGUAACAUAACCUUAAACAUUACACUUAGCAAUCCGUAAACAAAAAUAGUAUACUUCGAUCAACAAUUGUAUGCUUGAUUCUAUUCGAAAGAAUAAAAGGAUAAACAACACAACAUUAGCCGGCAUACAUUCACAAAUAGAUUCUGCGCUAAUUAACUUGCAAAGUAGAGGAUUAUAGGCUUCGCGGAAGCGUCAUUAAAAAUGGCGGAAGUGUCUUUAAACACCGACGAAGAUCAAUGUUCUUCAGCUAAGAAAAUCAAAAUAGACAAUGAAAAUGUAUCGGAAAUUAUUAAAAACAUACACGACGAUAAGUUUUGUUUGUCCAACUUUGAAGUAAAGCAGAUAUUGCAAAACAAUACUUUGAGGAAACAAAUAUGCAUCGAAGGUACCUUUAAAGAUCGUGAAGGCUCAAGCGUUAUUUUGUUUGAGAAAUCUGAAUUCUCCGACGAUCCAGCGUGUUUAAAGAAACAAUUGUUUAAUAAAGACACCGCUGUGCGCAAGCUUUACAGUAAUGAUGUUUAUGGAAAUUACGAAUGUUUUGCGCUGAAAGAAUGUAAUGAUUUAAAGUUAAUGUUAAUACAUCCUGCGACGCAAAAGCAUAUUGACAAGUUCAAAAGAAAGCAACUGUUCAUUAUAGAUGAAACAUAUGAACUUUACAAAAAAGUUACUCUCCCGCACAUAGAAUCAAGCAACUUGUCUUUACAGUGGGUAUAUAAUAUUAUGGAACACAAGGCAGAACAGGACAAAAUUGUGUAUGAGGAUAAAGAUGAGAAGACUGGAUUUAUAUUGGUGAAUGAUUUAAAAUGGAGUGGGCAUAGAAAUACUUUAAAGUUAAUAGCACUUCCUUUUCAAAAGAUAAAAUCAAUAAGAGAGUUAAAUGCAUCUCAUCUUCCACUAUUAAAAAAUAUUAGGGAUGCUGGAAUAGAGACAAUCUCUAAAAAAUAUAAUAUAUCUGCUUCUCAACUUAGGAUAUAUUUGCACUAUCAACCAUCAUAUUAUUAUCUCCAUGUACAUUUUGCAUAUCUCAUGUUUGAAACUCCAGGUAUAUAUGUAGAAAAAGCACAUCUCUUAUCCAUGGUUAUAACAAAUCUCGAAUUAGUGCCCGACUAUUAUACAAAAGCAGUACUUUCAUUUGUUGUUGCUGCAACAGAUCCCUUGUAUACUAAAUUUAUAGAGGAAGGUGUUAUAACAGAAGUAAAACCAGAAUCCGAUGAAGUUGAAAAAUAGUACAGCUAGGAAAUAAUAUAUAUUCAAAAGAUAUAUUUUCUGUGUCUUAAUAUAAGGAAAAAGAUGCAAUAAACACAGCACUUGAAAAAUAUAAAUGUGGAUGUUAUAAAAACUUUAUAUCAUCAUCAUUGUAAUCUUACAAUUGUAGAAUGUUUCAUACUUCAUCACUGUGAUAAAAAAAAAAUAAAUCGCGGAAAUUUCGUCUGAUAUUGCGAAUA